AUGGACACAAAUGAUUCCCAUCUCCCCAACAACACUUCUUCUCCUCCACCUCCUACCACCACCACCACUCCAAGUCCGCCUCGUAACAACAAUCGCAAGUCUAAAGGCAAAGGAGGACCAGAUAAUAGUAAAUUUAAAUAUAGAGGUGUUCGACAACGUAGCUGGGGUAAAUGGGUUGCUGAAAUUCGUGAGCCGCGCAAACGUACUAGAAGAUGGCUAGGUACGUUUGCAACCGCUGAAGAUGCGGCCCGAGCUUAUGAUCGGGCCGCAAUUAUUUUAUAUGGUACUAGAGCUCAACUUAACUUACAGCAACCGUCUGAUGACGGUUGCAACCCCGCCACCGCCACGUCAACUUCUCAGGCCUCUUCUCGUGGCCGGGGCGGUGGUGGUAGUUCCUCGUCGUCGUCUAGUACACAGACGCUUCGACCGAUACUACCACGACCCGCCAAUUUUAAUUUCACAUUUUCGCCUAAUUCUCAAAUGACGACCAAUUCUAAUGUCCCGAUUUUGGCUAAUUAUAUGCCAUAUAAUCCUUAUUACCCAACCGUACAACAAAGUACAAAUUGUGGUGGCAAUUUAGUACAAUAUUCUAUGCAACUUGUACAACCACAUCAAUAUUUACCAUAUCCCAACCACUUGAAUAAAAUUAGUAGUAUCGGUGAGGACCCCACUUCAACCUCGUAUGAUCCAAUUGCAAACGUAAACCCUAGAAUUAUUGACAACAUUAUUAGUAGUCAACGGGGUGGUCAAGAGUUACAAUUACAACCAACACAACAAUUUCAAAAUUGUCAACCGAUGAAAGACGAGGUUAAUUCGUUGGUGGGUUUGGUUGGAUCGAGUCUUUCCCUUGUGUCUAAUUCGUCGCCCACAAUGCCGGUCGGAGAUUCGGUUUCGGAUCCGACGUCUAUGGUGGCCGGCGGCGAGCCGUCAUCGCCAUCUUUGUGGUCGUUGACAAAUGACGAUGAGUACCCACCACCUAGUAUAUGGGACUAUGGGGAUCCGUCAUUUGAUUUUUAA